AAGAAGCUGCGGCGGGCCUUCGAGGACAUGGACGCGAACGGCUCGGGGAAGCUCAGCCGCCGCGAGCUCGGCCGCGCGCUCGACGACCUGGGCUUCCGCCUCGACCGGGCCGACGUCGACGCGCUGAUGGCGCGCUUCGACCGCGACGGCGACGGGAAGGUGUCCUGGAAGGAGUUCCGCGCGGUCUUCAAGGAGGUGCGGCGCCUGGCCCGGGGCCGGCGCAACCGGCUCCGCGACGCCUUUUUGGAAUUCGACGACAACGACUCGGGCAAGAUCAACAAGCGCGAGUUCCGCCGCGCGCUCGAGCGGCUCGGCUUCGAAUUGUCCGCGGACGACGUCGACGGCCUCGUGGACCGCUUCGACGUCGACGGCGACGGCAAGGUGUCCUACGCCGAGUUCGUGGGCUGGUGC